GAUCCAAAGAUGACGACAAAAUUGCACCUUCAUUUGAAGACGCAGCGUUUCUGAACAUCAUGGAACUAGGGUUUUACAAAGAUAAAGAUAACAGUUGGACAGCUCCCUUACCUUUUAAGACACCGAGACGCCACCAGCCCAACAACAAGGUUCAAGCUCUUAACCGUUUCAGAUCGCUGCAGCGGUCCUUUAACAGGAAACCAGAGCUGAAGGAGCACUUCUUCGCAUUUAUGCAAAAGAUAUUUCAAAAUGGACAUGCAGAAGAAGCCCCCCUGCUCGAACCUGAGGAGGAGUGCUGGUAUCUGCCUAUUUUUGGGGUGUAUCACCCUAAAAAACCUGGGCAGAUCAGAGCAGUCUUUGACUCAAGUGCUAAACACAACGGCGUUUCUCUUAAUGAUGUUCUCCUGACUGGUCCCGACCUUAAUAAUAACCUCCUGGGCGUGCUGCUUCGUUUCCGUCAGGACUCCAUUGCCAUCACAGCGGACAUCCAGCAGAUGUUCCACUGCUUCCUUGUCAGACCAGACCACAGGAACUUCUUACGUUUUCUGUGGUAUCAAGACAACGACUUUAACAAAGACAUCAAGGAAUAUAGAAUGCGCGUGCAUGUUUUUGGCAACAGUCCUUCACCGGCUGUUGCCAUCUUUGGAUUGAGGAAGACAGCACAAGAGGGAGAGGAGACCUUUGGAAGAGAUGUUAAAAGAUUCGUGGAGAGGAACUUCUACGUAGAUGAUGCAUUAAAAUCUCUACCUUCAGCUUCAGCUGCUAUCGAUCUGCUCAAAAGAGCACAGCAGAUGCUGGCAUGUUCCAACCUCAGGCUGCAUAAGAUAGCGUCGAACAAUGCAGAAGUCAUGGCAGCCUUCCCCUCAGACGACCAUGCCAGCAACCUAAAGGAUCUAGAUCCGGAAGCCGGUGAUCUCCCCAUGCAGCGAAGUUUAGGUGUCAGUUGGGAUCUGAAGAAUGACACAUUUACAUUUCAGGUGUCUGAUGAACACAAACCUUUUACACGACGUGGAGUCUUGUCAACCAUUAACAGCCUGUAUGACCCCUUGGGAUUUGUCGCCCCGAUCUUGUUGCAGGGGAAAGCCAUACUUCGAGAAUUAACAGUUGACUGUCAUGACUGGGACGCACCGCUACCUGCCGAGAAAGAGCAGCUAUGGACAGCAUGGAGAGGAUCACUCCAAGAGCUCAGAAACCUACAGAUACCUAGGUCCUAUACACAGGUUUCUCCAUCCACAGCCCAACGCAGAGAGCUCUGCAUUUUCUCGGAUGCAUCAGUGAAGUCAGUAGCAGCUGUGGCCUACUUAAGGCUCUUUGAUCAAGAUGGAAGCUGUCACGUAAGCUUUGUUCUUGGCAAAGCAAAACUAGCCCCUCGACCGGAAUUGACUAUUCCGCGGUUGGAACUAUGUGCUGCCGUGUUAGCAGUGGACAUCGCAGAGUUCAUUACUGCUGAGCUGGACAUUCAGCUAGAUGACAUCAGCUAUUUUACGGACAGUAAGGUAGUGUUGGGCUACAUCUACAAUGAAAAGCGCCGGUUCUAUGUCUUCGUGAACAACAGAGUGCAACGGAUAAGAAGGUUUUCCAGCCCCACACAAUGGCACUUUGUAUCAACGGACAAUAAUCCUGCUGAUCAUGCAACGAGAUUCAUCUCAGCAGCACGCCUCAAAGACACCAUGUGGCUCACAGGUCCAGCUUUCCUAUCGCAGCCCCAGCAAAUGCACAUCCGACAAGGCACCUUUGACCUAGUGAAUCCGGAACAGGACGUAGAUGUCCGCCUUCUUGUAUCUACUCUGAGCACUACUGUCAGGGAAAGACUGCUUGGGUCCCAACGGUUUUGUCGUUUCUCAAGCUGGAAGUCGCUCACCCGUGCCAUUUCAUGUCUUACCCAUAUAGUCCACCUCUACAAGAAGAAUACAGAAGGUUCUCGUGAUGGUUGCAAUGGAUGGCAUCACUGCGCCCAAGGUCACACGGUGGAGAUGCUCACCAAGGCCCAAAACACAAUCAUACGUACAGUUCAAGAGGAGACUUAUGCAAAAGAGCUGCAGUGUAUCAGGGAUCAAACAUCUCUUCCACAGGACAGUCUCAUCAGAGCUCUGAGCCCUUUCAUUGACACGGAUGGUCUCAUUAGAGUGGGUGGACGUAUCACAGAGGCUAGUUUGGGAUAUGAGGAGAAGCAACCUAUCAUAGUUCCUGGUCGCCACCACAUUGCCACUCUUCUUGUGCGCUAUUAUCAUGAACAGACUCAACAUCAGGGACGCCUCUUUACAGAGGGUGCCAUUCGUUCUGCAGGCUUGUGGAUUGUGGGUGGAAAAAGGUGUGUGAACAGUCUCAUUUUCAGAUGUGUCACUUGUCGUAGACUCCGUCGCACCUGCGAAACUCAGAAAAUGGCUGACUUACCUGACUGCCGCCUUAACAUGGAUCCUCCAUUUUCAUACGUGGGACUCGAUGUCUUUGGACCAUGGUCAGUCUCGUCACGACGCACACGGGGAGGUCAAGCAGACAGUAAAAGAUGGGCGGUCUUGUUCUGCUGUCUAAGCAUUCGUGCCAUCCACAUCGAAAUCAUCGAAUCUAUGGACACAUCUUCUUUUAUCAAUGCCUUGAGAAGGUUCAUCGCAAUUCGUGGACCGGUCAAACAGCUACGUUCAGACAGGGGAACCAACUUUGUCGGAGCCUGUCAUGAGCUAUUGAUUCCUUCCAACAUCAAUAAAAAAGUGGAGAGAUUUCUUACGGAUCAAGGUUGCAUGUGGGAGUUUAACCCCCCUCACGCCUCCCAUAUGGGCGGGGCCUGGGAAAGGAUGAUAGGGCUGACCCGCAAGAUCUUGGACUCAAUGUUCUUACAGCUGGGGUCUUCAAGAAUCACCCACGAGGUCCUAGUCACCUUGAUGGCUGAAGUGACAGCCAUUGUAAAUUCCAGACCGCUCGUACCAGUGUCUACAGAUCCAGAUGAUCCAUUUAUACUUACCCCUGCGACUCUGUUAACACAAAAAACUGGCCCCUCUCUUGCACCUCCAGGCGACUUCGAUGGCAAAGACUUGUACAGACGUCAGUGGAGACAGGUACAAAGUCUUGCCAACACCUUCUGGGACAAAUGGAGGAAACAAUACCUGUCCACUCUGCAGACGAGAAGGAAGUGGCAGUCUGACAAGCCAAAUCUCACUAAAGGGAGUUUAGUGCUCAUCAAAGUCAAUCAAGCCAAAAGAAACACAUGGCCUAUAGGGCGUAUCACAGAAGUGUUUCCCAGCAAGGAUGGCAGAGUUCGCAAAGUGGAAGUGAAGGUAGCACUUCCAGAUGGGGUUAAAGUGUACCUGAGGCCAGUUACAGAGUUGGUCCUCCUCUUACCAUCCGACGACUAGACUAUGCCUGCCCUUUCAGACAUGUAUGAUAGAUUAAUGUAUGAUAGAUUAAGUAAUGGUAUCCAGGGACACCAGACGGGGAGUGUUCUGUAUUAGUGUGUUCUGUGUUAAUGUGUUACUCCUCCUACUCCCCCUAGUGGAUACUAAAGAAAUUACAGUCACAUUUGUUCUGUGGCUUCUUUUAAUGACAUCAUCAGGAAGUGCCCAGUAAUGUCUUCAGUUAGCAGCUUCUGGUAUUUCAGAACCAGUCUAAGUCCAUCUGCUCACAUUUUAAGCUAUAAACGAGCAUCGUUGUUUUACCCUACUUUUGUCAUCAUAAAAGAAGUGAAUGAUUCAUCUUCGUCCAGUGUGGUGAUUAAAAGAGGAGUUAAACUAUCUGUCAAUUUACACAAAGGGCUGUAAUAAGGACGGAAUA